AUGGACAAGGCCAAGGCAGCUAUCACUGACUUCAUGUCCAAGUCGGGUCACCACGACACCACCGUCCACGAGGCUGUUGCCCCUGCUGUUCAGCACGAGGUUGUUAAGCCCCACGUCCACGAGGAGGUUCAGACGGCCGUCGACAAGGAGGUUCACCAGGACCACUACCACCGUACCGUUCAGCCUGUGCAGGACCGCGAGGUCUUGCCCGAGCAGCACACCGCCAAGCUCGGCGCCGUCCAGCACCGCGAGUUCGACCAUCGCGACCAUGACAACACGAAGAGGAACCUCAUUGAAGAGCAGGCCCGUUUCAAGGACGAGCGUCGCGUAGAUGCCACCACGCACAGCCAAAGCGCUGCUGCCGCCAUCGGAGGCGAGCACGUUCAUCACCACAUCCACGAAACCAUCCAGCCUGUCGUGCAGAAGGAGACCAUCCAGCCUAACGUUGUUCACACCACUGUUCCCAUCCACGAGGUUCACCAUAACAAGGCCACCCACCACAGCACUACCGCUCUCCCUCCUAUGACCAUGGAUGAGUUCAAGAACAAGGGCGGAGCUCUCACUGGCCGUGAGGAGCGCUACGACGCCUUCGAAGGUGUUCCAAAGAAUAUCAGUGCCGGUACCGCUGGCGGUUUCGGUGUCAUCCGCGAGGGAGAGGGUCACCAUGAUCACCACCACGUCUCCGGUACUCCUCGCCACGGCGACUACGACGGCACUGCUCGUCACGGAGGUGAAUCCGGUGUCAUUGCCGGUGCUGCCGCAGGCGCCGCUGGUCACCACGGCCAGCAGCACACCGACUUCGCUCGUGACAACCGUACACACACUGCCAAGGACGGACUGCCCGAUGCCCUUAGGGAGGACCGCUCAAGGGCUGAUGCUCACAACACCCACACUCGCGACUCUGUCUCUUCGUCUGAGCACGGCGAACACAAGAAGCCCAGCCUCAUGGACAAGCUCAACCCCAAGGUUGACGCUGACGGUGACGGCAAGCGUGGUUUCAUGAAGUAA